AUGAAACCAAUUCUCAGCACUCAUCUCUACUCUUCCUUGUUUCUGCACAUGAUCGUUGUCACCAUAUUCGUCGUCGGAGAUUCGCCACCUAUCUAUAAGCCAGUCGAAGAUAUCACCGUCAAUUGUGGCUCUUCCGGCAACAUAUUCAAUGCAUAUGAUAACCGAAGUUGGAGUGGAGAUAUCAACUCAAAAUUUUCACCCCUUGAACCCCAAGCAGUUGGCAACACAUCCAUAGUCAAAGAAGCACCUCAUUCGUACAAGGUCCAACAAGUGCCUUACAUCACAGCGAGGCUUUCUCAGUCUGAAUUUACCUACAAAUUUUUUAACCUUACCCCCGGCCAAAAGUUCAUUCGUCUGUAUUUCUACCCAGCUUCAUACCCCGACUUUGAUCCCUCCAAAGCCCUCUUCUCUGUCAAAGCCGGUGGUUUUACCCUUCUCCACGACUUCAAUGCGUCAGUCACUGCUGCUGCUUCUGGGCCGGACAAGGAGACGGUAUACAGAGAAUUCUGUAUGAACAUUGGGGAGGAAGAAGAAGAACAGAGUAUAAGCAUCACGUUCACUCCGAGCAGCGCAAUCACAGAUGCGCAUGCGUUUAUCAACGGAAUUGAAAUUGUGUCCAUGCCUACCAACCUUUACUACACUGCACGUGAAGGUACACAGGGGAUUCAAUUUGUAGGCCCUGAAAACUAUUACAGUAUCGAAAACAGCUCUGCUCUGGAGAUGGUGUACCGAAUCAACGUGGGUGGAAGCGGAGUCUCUUUCGGCCAAGACACUGGCAUGUACCGCUGUUGGGACAGUGCAGAAGACGAGCGAGGGUACUUGGAUGAGUUAAGUCUUAAUCAUAGCAUUUUACCACAAAAUUCUAGUAUUCAAUUCCGUUUUACCAAAACACCAGAGUACUCUGCUCCAAAACAAGUUUACCAAACCGCUCGAGCAAUGGGCAAAAACACAACCAUAAACAAGAGCUACAACCUUACAUGGCAAUUUCCUGUUGAUUCCAAUUUUCAUUACCUAGUUAGGCUUCAUUUUUGUGAGUUUCAACCUGAAGUUAUGGUAAUGGGACAUCAAGUGUUUCUAAUUUACAUGGAUAAUCUAGAGGCUGAAAAAUAUGCGGACAUAAUCAAGUGGGCUGGUGGGAAUGGGAUUCCAACAUACAGAGACUACUUGGUGUUCAUACAGCCUACAGGCUCCGCUGGAAGCAAGAAGAAAGUGAAUCUCAUCAUUGCACUGCAGGUAAAGCCAGAUGGUUUUGGUACUAUAAUCAGCGAUGCAAUGUUGAAUGGUCUGGAAAUCUUCAAACUCAACAACUCAGACGGCAAUCUCGCGGGACCCAACCCCGAUCCACCUCUAUACAUUCCGGUCGAUACUAUCACCGUUCAAUGCGGCUAUUCCGGCCAUCUGGUCAACCAGGAUGACGGCCGAUAUUGGACUGGAGACAUAAAUUCAAAAUUUUCACCCUUUGAAGUACCCCAAGCUGCAAGUUACACAUCCCUCGUAAGAGACGCACCUCCGUCGUCCUCCUUUGCCAGCAGAGUUGUGCCGUACAACAGAUCACGGCUGUCUCGCUCUGAAUUUACAUAUACAUUUCUACUCACCACCGGCCAAAAGUUCAUUCGUCUGUAUUUCAACCCUGUUUCAUAUGGUACAGACUUCGACCGCUCCAAUGCAGUCUUCUCCGUCAAAGCUGGUGACUUUACCCUUCUCCACAACUUCAACACUUCUUUCACUGCCGAAGCUUCGGGGACGGAGACGAUAUACAGAGAAUUCUGUGUAAGCAUUGAGGAGGGAGAGGAGAGUUUGUACAUCACAUUCACUCCAAGCAGGGCAAGCCCAAAUGCAUAUGCCUUUAUCAACGGCAUUGAUAUUUUAUCCAUGCCCAGCAAUCUUUACUACACUCCAGCUCACAGCGAUGGGGUUCGCUUUGUUGGCACCGAAAUGACCUACCGCAUUGAAAACAGGACUGUUCUAGAGUUGCUCUACCGAUUGAAUGUCGGGGGAUCCUCACUUCUUCCCAAGAAAGAUACUGGCAUGUACCGCAAAUGGGAUAGUUAUGUUGAGGAGCAAAGUUACUUAGACACUUCAAGUUUAAGUUUGAGCCACGUUCUGCAAAACAAAACUAGUAUUGAACUCAACUUUACCACAAUUGCAAAGUACACUGCGCCAAAAGAAGUUUACCAGAGCGGUCGGUCAGUGGGUGCGGACACUAAUCUCACCUGGCAAUUUCCAGUGGAUUCCAAGUUUUUUUACUUGGUUAGGCUUCAUUUUUGUGAGUUUCAACCUGAAAUCACCGAGGUUAGAGACCGAAUUUUUACAAUUCGAAUGACCAAUCUAAUCGCUGAACAAGGAGCAGCAGACAUAAUUGAAUGGAGUGGUGGAAACGGGAGACCAGUGUACAGAGACUAUUUGGUCGCCAUGCCUACCGACCUUGGUGGAACCCGGAAGAAAGUUAACCUCUCUCUCGCACUGCAAGCAAAUCCAAAUGCUGGAAUCUUGAAUGGGCUCGAAAUCUUCAAGCUAAGUGACUCAAAUGGCAAUCUUGUUGGACCCACCGAUUUGCUACCGUCAAGUUCAGUAAAACACAACACCAAGUCCAAUCGUAUACUUGCCAUUGCUGCCGGUGUAGCUUUUGGCCUACUUGUGCUCGCUGUCCUUUUUGGAUUCCUGAUUUUCAGGCGACGACUGAAAGCCAAGUCCUUUGUCUCCAUCCACGGGCCGACCAAGUCAACAGAGACUCGCGGGUCAUCUUUACCCCCUUAUUUAUGUCGUUACUUUCCACUGGCUGAGAUCAAAUCCGCCACCCAAAACUUCAAUGAUAGUUUCAUCAUUGGAGUUGGCGGGUUCGGGAACGUGUACAAAGGCUAUAUCGACGACGGUGGGGCUACCCCUGUAGCUAUCAAACGGCUGAAACCAGAGUCAUCACAGGGUGCCCAUGAGUUCAAGACGGAAAUCGAGCUGCUCUCCCAGCUCCGCCACCGCCAUUUAGUGUCUCUCAUUGGAUAUUGUGCAGACGACAAUGAGAUGAUCUUGGUGUACGAUUACAUGGCACGUGGGACCCUCGCCGACCAUCUCUACCACAAGGAUAACCCGCCUCUUUCUUGGGAGCAACGGCUUCAAAUUUGUAUUGGCGUGGCACGAGGGUUGAGCUACCUUCAUACCGGUGCCAAGGGCACCAUCAUCCACCGUGACGUGAAGAGCACAAACAUUUUACUGGAUGAGAAAUGGGUGGCCAAAGUAUCGGACUUUGGAUUGUCAAAAUGGGCACUACCAACACGUCCAAGACUCACAUUAGUACAAUGGUGA